GUUCAUAAAGUCAUCGACGAAACUCGUAUCGGUCAUUUCUCCUCUCUCCCACUCCCUCCUUCCCAUUUCCAAACCCAAAACCGCUAAAAUGGCGCCCCCAGAUAUCACCGUCACUAACCUCACAUACACCUUCCCGGACUACCGGACCGGCAUCCGGAACAUAUCCCUCAGCGUGCCACCGCGCAGCCGCACGCUUCUAAUCGGCGCCAACGGUGCCGGAAAAACAACUCUACUCCGCCUGUUAGCGGGCAAGCGGCUUGCGCCGGGAAACAGCAUCAGCGUGUCGGGCGUAGACCCGUUCAAAGAGGGGCUGGAAGGCGUGACGUACCUAGGGCUAGAGUGGGUACUGAACCCGAUCGUGCGGACGGACAUCGGCGUCGCGGAGCUGCUGCGGUCUGUCGGCGGGGACGCGUACCCGGAAAGGCGGGACGAGCUGCUGGGGGUGCUGGACAUCGACAUCGCGUGGCGCAUGCACGCCGUCAGCGACGGCGAGCGGAGGCGCGUGCAGCUCGCCAUGGGGCUUGUACGCCCGUGGACUGUGCUCCUGCUCGAUGAGAUAACCGUAGAUUUAGACGUGUUAAGCCGUGCCGAGUUUCUUGGCUGGCUGAAGCACGAGACGGAGAUUCGGGAGUGCACUAUUGUCUACGCGACUCAUAUACUGGAUAACCUCGCCGGAUGGCCGACUCAUCUUGUGCAUAUGCAUUUAGGCACGGUGCGGGAAUGGGGACCCACGGAGCAGUUUUUGGGCGAGGCGGAGGGGAAGAAUACGGGGAAUAGUCGACUAGGAGAGUUGGUUUUGGGGUGGUUGAGGGUGGAUUUGAAGGAUCGGGGGCCGAGGAAUCAGCAGAAGAUGGGGACGGAGGGGUUGACGUAUUCGCAGGGUGGUCUUGGGGGUUACGGGCUCGAGAGUAGCGAGUCGAAACAGAAGAUUGGGUUUGGUGGGAGUUCUUAAGGCGGAUUCGAGCGAUGGUUGUGUUUUGGUGUAGUCGGAUGCGUUAGGGGGUAGGCAGGUAUGCGUGGUUGGAUAUGCACUUAACUUGCAUGGUAUGGCGCCCUUUCAACAUUGGGAUGGGGUGAUGACAGAUGGGAAUGUUUAGCGGAAAGGGGGGCGUUUUGGAACGAAACGAAAUGAAUGAACGAGCAUUAAGGAUGGAAACGCUCGAAAUUGAUUUUGGGCGGCUAUUCGUUAUUUAAAAGAUACCCUUUCAACAGGAUAGCAUUUCUAGGGACUGGACAGAGUCAGACAAAGCAUUAUAUUCGCAUGAUUAUCUACGUA